AGAGAGAGAGAGAGCUGCCUUAUAGCUGCUAAGACUGCGGACAGAAAUAGCACAACCACUGUGAGCUGUGCGCGACUCAUUUUAUCCAAGACCUCAUUUUAUCUACUUUCAUUAAUCAGUUGCUCACAAAGAAGGAAAUGACAUCUGGUCCAUUCUUCUUCUGCAUCUUCAUUAUUGGAAAAUAUUUCACUCCUGGGAGUGCACAGAAUGUCAGCUGUCCCCUUGGUUCCUUCCCCUGUGGGAACACCACCAAGUGCUUGCCUCAGGUGCUUCACUGCAAUGGUGUGGACGACUGUGGGAACCAAGCUGAUGAGAAAAACUGUGGAGACAACAAUGGGUGGUCUCUACAAUUCGACAAAUACUUUGCUACUUACUACAAACUGACUUCCACGAGUCCCUGGGUGGCAAAAUCUUCUGAAUGCUUGGUUGGCUCUGUGCCCAUGCCUUGUUUGUGCCGAGAUCUAGAACUUGACUGUGAUGGAGCCAAUUUACGAGCUGUCCCGUCAGUUUCUUCCAAUGUGACUGUAAUGUCCCUGCAGUGGAACUUCCUAAGAGCACUUCCUCCCAACGGCUUCAGAAAGUACCAUGAGCUCCAAAAGCUGUGCCUGCAAAACAAUAAGAUUCGCUUCGUGUCGGUGUCUGCUUUCAGAGGACUGCGCAGCCUCACUAAGCUGUACCUCAGUCAUAACAGAAUAACCUUCCUGAAGCCAGGAGUUUUUGAAGAUCUCCACAGACUGGAAUGGCUGAUAAUUGAAGACAAUCACCUCAGUCGAAUUUCCCCACUCACGUUUUAUGGACUAAAUUCUCUUAUUCUCUUAGUGCUGAUGAAUAAUGUCCUCACCCGUUUGCCUGACAAACCCCUCUGUCAGCACAUGCCCCGGCUGCAUUGGCUGGACUUUGAAGGCAACCACAUCCAUAAUUUAAGAAAUUUGACUUUUGUCUCCUGCAAUAAUUUAACAGUCUUGGUAAUGAGGAAAAAUAAAAUUAAUCACAUAAAUGAACAUGCAUUUACACACCUCCAGAAACUAUAUGAAUUGGAUUUGGCAAUUAAUAGGAUUGAAAUUCUUCCACGGAACAUAUUUAAGGACCUGAAGGAGCUGUCACAAUUAAAUAUCUCCUAUAAUCCAAUCCAGAAAAUUGAAGUAAAUCAAUUUGAUUAUCUUGUGAAACUGAAGUCUCUAUAUUUUAAGAAGUUUCAGUACUGUGGAUAUGCACCACAUGUGCGCAGCUGUAAGCCCAACACCGAUGGGAUUUCAUCUUUUGAGAACCUCUUGGCAAGCAUCAUCCAGAGAGUCUUUGUGUGGGUUGUGUCUGCAGUCACGUGCUUUGGAAACAUUUUUGUCAUUUGUAUGCGACCAUACAUCAGGUCUGAGAACAAGCUGCACGCCUUGUCCAUCAUUUCUCUGUGCUGUGCUGACUGCCUAAUGGGAGUAUAUUUAUUUGUCAUCGGAGCCUUUGACCUCAAGUUUCGGGGAGAGUACAACAAAUAUGCCCAGCCGUGGAAGGAGAGUGCUCAUUGUCAGUUCAUGGGGUCUCUGGCCAUUCUGUCCACAGAAGUAUCCGUUUUACUUUUAACAUUUCUGACGCUGGAAAAAUACAUCUGCAUUGUGUAUCCUUUCCGGUGUUUAAGGCCCCGGAAGAGCAGAACGAUCACAACUCUGACUUUCAUCUGGGUUAUUGGGUUUGUAGUGGCCUUUGCUCCACUCAGCCAUAAGGGAUUCUUCAAAAACUACUAUGGUGCCAACGGAGUGUGCUUUCCUCUCCAUUCAGAAGACUCGGGAAAUACUGGAGCCCAGAUUUAUUCAGUGGUGAUUUUUCUCGGUAUUAACCUGGUGGCAUUUAUCAUCAUCGUGUUCUCCUAUGGCAGCAUGUUUUACAGUGUCCAUCAGAGUGCCAUAACAGCAGCUGAAAUACAGAAGCAAGUCAAGAGGGAGAUGAUCCUCGCCAAGCGCUUUUUCUUGAUUGUGUUCACUGACGCAUUAUGCUGGAUUCCCAUUUUUAUUCUGAAAUUUCUUUCACUGCUUCAGGUGGAAAUACCAGAUACUAUCAGCUCUUGGGUGGUGAUUUUUAUUCUGCCUAUCAACAGUGCUUUGAACCCAAUUAUCUAUACUUUGACCACCAGACCUUUCAAGGAAAUGAUCCACCAACUCUGGUACAACUACAGACAAAGAAGGUCUAUUGACAGAAAAGGGACUCAGAAGGCAUAUGCUCCGUCAUUCAUCUGGGCGGAAAUGUGGCCCUUGCAGGAGACUCCCACUGAGUUCAUGAAGCCAGUGGUUUUCACAGACCCCUGUGAUCUGUCACUAGUUUCUCAGUCAUCUAGACUCAAUUCUUACUCAUAACUGGCUCUGGAAAACAUUGAUUCUCAGAGAAUACUGUGAAGUGCUUCUGGAGGGAUUUGCUGAUAUGAAGUAAAUACCACAAAAGGUGUAACUUAUGGUUAAGACAAGUUCACUUACAGUGACACAAGGCAGGGAAAGGUAGCUGGUGUUCAUACAAAGAGAAAUAAUUACACUGACAAUGUGUGCAUGUAUAUUAGUACAUAUUUGCAUAGGAAAUGAAGGAAAUCUAUUUCUAGCAUGCAUUUAUGCACACUGCAUGGAGAUAAAGUGCUGGACACACACACAAUAUAAAGUCUUUAUAAUCUUCAUAUUGUGUUUAACAACAAAACCAAAUUCUAUCUACAGCUCCUAGAUUCCUCUGUUGUGCAUAUCAGCAAACAUAAGACCCAUAGACAUUUUAAAAUUAAAGUCUAAAGUUUUAUAAUGCUCAAAAAUAACAGCAUCAGGUAAAAUGUGUGGAGCCAGUGAGAAGCUCAGAAGAUGAAAGUGGUCACUAUACAAGCAUGCUGGCCUGAGCUCAAUAUCUGGAUCCCAUGAAAAGGUGGAAGGAGAGAACAGACUCUGGGAAAUUGUCCUUUGACCUCGACUUGUGUGACAUGGCAUGUGUGUCCACACAUGCACAUCACACACACAACACACAUACACAUGGUAAAAGCCCUAUAGAAACUAAGAAUAGAAGGGACAAAUGCCAGCAUAUUAAAGGUUAUAUAAAGCAAAGCUAUAGCUGACUUAACUAAAUGGGAAGUGAAUGAAGGCACUUCCUCUAAAGUAGGGAAUGAGAUAAGAGUGCUAAUCAGGGGACCCACAAGUGUCAUGGGUGGCAGGAAAACCAUCUGCCUGAGGUGAAGAAUAAAACUCAGCACCAAGUUUUCAGAUGCUGGGCCAGAACUUCCACAGUCUGAACUUUUUUAUUUUUCUUACACAGUUAAGCACAGUAAAACUUUGGAAAGAGGUUUCCAUGUGACAGUGAUCACAACAAAGCUUGAGGCAUAGCUACUCAGAAACUCCCAAACAAAGUAGCAAAGCACCUGUGACCUUUACAAUGGUUUGAUGAUAAACAGUGCUCCCAGCUAGGGUCUAAGGAGGAAGGAGUUGUUAUAAGCAUGAGGAUAGAUUCUAUUGGUAGAGGAUGCAGAGUACAUGGGACCUCUUUCAUGAGGAUGGGUUCUAGUCACUGAGAGACAAAGCUCAGGAUUAGAACCUAAACAAUGCCCAGGAUUUGGGGGAUGUGGGAUGGGUGUAGAUUCAGGAAGACUAGCUUUAUAGAAUAGUAAAAAUAUCACCAAGUUGUCAAGACAACAUUCACUCCAGCCUUCCGGUGACCAAGUGUCAGUCAUUUUCUUCCUUUGAAGAAAAUAGGCCCCUGUGUUUAACAGUUCUGGUUCCUCCAAUGUCAUUUUUAAGCUGUGCUUUCUAUAAGUGCCCACUUACAGAAUUCUUAUUCAGUAUGCUGUUCAAAGUCUUAGCUUGAGAAAGAAUAAAAAGAAACAAAACGGACACAAAUAUGAAAGGGAGAAAUAUAUACUUAUUGUAGACAGCUCAAACUGACAUUUAAAAGACCCUAAAUACUCCAUCAGAAAGCUCCUAGAUCUCAAAGUUUUCUGUAUAGUAUUCCUAAAAAUAGAACUACCAUGUGACCUAGUUAAUCAAUUCAUGGGUGUACACCCAAUGUACUGUGUUAAUACUGUUAACACACACACAAAAAAAGGGGGGCGGGAAAGAGCCUAGAUGUUCAUUGAAAGAAAAAACUAAUUUACAUAUUUACAAAAAUUCAGUAGCCUUCCUAUAUAUCUAUAAGAAACUUCAUUUGAAUUGAAGCAAGUUCAUUGUGGGUAUAUAGGAAAACUACUGGCUUUGCGUUUGUUUUGCAUUCUGUUUGUUAACAUGGCAAUUUCCAAUUACAUCCAUUUUUCUGAAAAUGUCAUUUUCUUUUUCUUGAUGACUGAAUAAAGUUCUAUUAUGUAUAUGUUAAAUAAGCCAGACUCAAAAGGCAAAUACCUAUGUUUUCUCUCAUAUCAGUGUGUGUGUGUGUGUGUGUGUGUAAGUAUAUGUGAAAUGAAACUACAAAAGGAACCAUGAGAAGGAAGAAAUAAUGAGUAAGGGACAGGGAAGAGAGUUGGGAAAUAGUAUUUGUGUGGAGUUAGGGCACAAAGGCUGGCCGCAUGAGAAAUGAAAACAGUGUUCAUGUGCAUGAAAAUGUCAUUUAAACUCAUUAUUUUGCAUGUUAAUAUAAAAAUAACUUUCAAAACUCUUAGAAGAAAAUACAAGGAUAAUUCUUUAAGAUUUGGAAUUUUGUGAGGGAUUCUUAGUGAUGCAAAAA